AUGGAUGCCCUUCUUAUCGACAAACAUGUCAAGUACAUACAGUCUCUCGGCGAGAACACGGACGAUCUCAUGUACCACCUGACCGCACAUCUGCGCCUCAACGCCAUCUACUGGGGCUUAACAGCAUUGUUUAUUAUGGGGCAUCCGGAGGCGUUGGUCAAGGAAGACGUGAUUGCGUUUGUCAUGAGUUGUUGGGAUGAUGAUGAAGGUGCAUUUGGCGCGCAUCCCGGACAUGAUGCGCAUGUGCUGCCCACAUUGUCAUCAAUACAGAUUUUGGUGAUGUACGAUGAAGUAGAACGAGCUGAUAAGGAACGUCUAGUGUCUUAUCUCGCCGCCCGACAAAAUCCUUCUGGCUCCUUUUCCGGAGAUCGAUGGGGCGAGACCGAUACACGAUUCUCCUACAUUACUCUCCAGGCGCUCGAACUCCUUGGAAGGUUGGAUGCGAUCGACAAGGAAAAGGCUGUUGCCCAUAUUCGCCGGUGCAAGAACUACGAUGGGGGAUUUGGGGCCACCGAGGGCGCAGAGAGUCAUUCGGGACAGGUCUUUGUCUGCACGGCUGCGUUGACCAUCCUGGACCGGUUAGACGAGAUCGAUCAGCCGAACCUGGCCUGGUGGCUAGCUGAACGUCAACUGCCCAACGGGGGUCUCAACGGCCGCCCAGAAAAGCUGGAAGAUGUGUGCUACUCGUUCUGGGUACUCUCAGCUCUCUCCAUCCUUCACAAGCUUAAGUGGAUCGACUCGGAUGCGUUGAUCAGGUUUAUUCUCUCGGCGCAGGACCCGGAUGGGGGUGGUAUCGCAGACAGGCCCGGGGAUAUGGUGGAUGUUUUCCACACGGUGUUUGGCCUAUGUGGUCUAUCGUUGCUUGGACAUCCGGAUGUGAGAGAGAUCAACCCUAUCUACUGUUUGCCUGCGGAGAUCGCGAAGAAGAGAGGGUUGCACAUGAACUAUCAGGUGUUGGGUAAGGACGAGGCGUAG